AUGAGCGUGGUGGCCUCGCAGCCUCCGAUCAAUGGCAAUGGCCCGACAUUGCAGUGCACGCAGCAGAGGUGCCCGAUACAAGUCCACUGGCAUUUCAAGGCUAACUAUAAGGAGUACUGGAGAGUAAAGAUUACUAUCACUAACUUCAAUUAUGGGAUGAACUAUACUCACUGGACUCUCGUUGCUCAGCACUCGAAUCUCGCUAUCAUCAGCCGAGUCUAUAACUUUGAGUACGAGCCACUCAACACGUAUGGUUCAAUAACCGACACGGGCAUGUUCUAUGGGAUAAAGUACCAUAACAUGAUGUUAAAUGAGGCAGUACCUGAGGGAAUUGUGCAGCCGGAGAUGAUUCUUAGGAAGGAUAAGAACACAUUCACCUUAGCACAAGGCUGGCCAUUUCCUCGGAAAAUCUACUUCAAUGGCGAUGAAUGCACAAUGCCGUCCCCUGAUGUCUAUCCGUCCCUCCCAAACUCAGCUUCGGGAAAGAGAUUGUUAUCCCUGGGAUUAGCUCUCUUCCUCCCAACUUUGUGGAAUUAG